AUGGCCAAGCACCUCUGGGAGUGCAUGUCGCUAGGCAAUCCUCAACAUUGGAAUACAAAUGGAGCCCGCGCUCAAGGAAACUCUCAUCCAACAACCGUCUAACAGCAAACAAAGUACGUUUCAAUCCAUUCAGUUGACAUGAUAGAAUACCAAAAAUCUUUACUCACUUCCCUUUGUAGCAAGUGCAUGAAGACACAUUAUUCUACUUAACAUCACAACUUCUCAAUUGUCAACAUGUGCGAACGUCACGUCAACACCACCACCUACACUUGCGGUCAUUCGAAGACCACCUACACAAUCGAACGAAGUGGAGGCUGUGCAGGAGCGGGUGCCAAUGUCCCAGAUAAACAUAUGGGAUCGACCAAAGCCCGCAGACCUUGUGAUGACUGUCUUGCAUGAGCAAUGAAUUACCUAGGUAAUAAACGGACUUCCAUGUAGGCAUUUAAGAGACGGGGUUCUCUUGAUAUGUGUUUCAUGAAACUUUGAGACU